AUGACGAACAGUGCUAGUGAAACUCCAAAGCUUACAGAGCCCCGUCUUUCAGCAAGUCUCGUCCUGGUCAACAGUCACAACGAAGUACUUCUUGUUCAGCGCAACCCACAGGCUAAUUCAUUCGCUGGCCAACACGUUUUUCCUGGCGGAAAUUUUGACGCCAAGCAGGAUACGUCCUUAGAAUGGACUGCUAUCAGAGAAACUUUCGAAGAAGCGGGGCUACUGCUGGCUUUGUCGGAUACUCCGAGCACAUUACUCGAUAUCGACUUCACUCAGGCUAGAAAAGAUGUCCAUGGAGGACAAACGACGUUCUCGACGUUUCUUACAAACAACAACCUAAGAGCCGACUUAGGCGCUUUGCUGCCGUUUACUACAUGGGUGACACCACCGGCAGCAGCCAGACGAUUCCGCACAGAGUUCUUUAUCGCAUUCCUUGAGGAUUCUACAUCGGAUGGGCUACAUUCAGGUAGACAAGAACACCUUCCGACUCCUGAUGGUGGACAAGAAGUCAUUCAAGCGCGAUUUUUGCGUCCAGAAUCGGCAAUAGAGGACUACAGGAAUGGGAAAAUUGGCCUUCUCCCACCCCAGUACUACAUUCUGGAAACGCUUCGCCUCAUCCUUACUGGAUCGUCCAAUACCGAGAGCCAGAGAAAUACAGUUCAGAUGUUGUCUAGAGCUGCAUUCGGACGGAUGGUGAUCAACCCAAAGUUUCUCCGUGUCAAUAACGGAGUGAAUCAAGCUUUCGUCUACGAGGGCGAUGAAUUGAGAGGUGGUCCAAAGGGUCGGCUACACCGUAUGCCAUUCUCUCAGAUGAAUUUGCAGCGCAACUUUGACUUGUUCACUCAAUGCCCGGUCGAAGUUGAUAUACCCAAACUUUAA